UGUCCUCAUGUCCUCUGCAGGGAUCCGAGCUGAGUGGAUGGACCACAGGACACUUCACCGCAGACGGCAUGGACAUCUUCCAGAACUUUCCCGACCUUAAUCGCUUCCUGUGGGACGCCGAGGACAAAGGCCUGGUCCCCAAACUCACCCCCAACCACCACGUCCCCAUACCGGAGGACCUCGAGACCAACAGCUCGAUCGCCGUGGAAACCAAGGCCAUAAUCUCCUGGAUGAAGAGCUAUCCUUUUGUGUUGGGUGCAAACUUCCAGGGCGGGGAGAGGAUCGUAGCCUAUCCCUACGACGGCUGCCGCCUCGGCAAGCCUGCAGACAGCCAGCAACCCCACCGCCGCCAGAAGAGACA